GCCACACUUCCGGCGGCGCUGCGGCCGCGGAGGGGUGCGGGCGGGCGGGCGGCCGCUGGGGGUGGCCCGACAGGCAGGGCGAGGCCGGCGGUGCGGGCGGGCGCGCGUGCGGGGUGCGGUCCGGAGGCUGCUGUCCAGGUCUCCGCGACCCCCGGGGGGCCCCUCCGUCCCGCCGGCGCCAUGGGCAAUUGUCACACGGUGGGGCCCAACGAGGCGCUGGUGGUUUCAGGGGGCUGUUGUGGUUCCGACUAUAAACAGUAUGUGUUUGGCGGCUGGGCCUGGGCUUGGUGGUGUAUCUCCGACACUAAGAGGAUUUCCCUAGAGAUUAUGACGUUGCAGCCCCGCUGUGAGGACGUAGAGACGGCCGAGGGGGUAGCUUUAACUGUGACGGGUGUCGCCCAGGUGAAGAUCAUGACCGAGAAGGAGCUCCUGGCCGUGGCCUGUGAGCAGUUCCUGGGCAAGAGCGUGCAAGACAUCAAGAACGUUGUCCUGCAGACGCUGGAGGGACACCUGCGCUCCAUCCUCGGGACCCUGACGGUGGAGCAGAUUUAUCAGGACCGGGACCAGUUUGCCAAGCUGGUGCGGGAGGUGGCGGCCCCUGACGUUGGCCGCAUGGGCAUCGAGAUCCUCAGCUUCACCAUCAAGGAUGUGUAUGACAAAGUGGACUAUCUGAGCUCCCUGGGCAAGACACAGACGGCUGUGGUCCAGAGAGAUGCCGACAUCGGGGUAGCUGAGGCCGAGCGGGACGCAGGCAUCCGGGAAGCCGAGUGCAAGAAGGAGAUGCUGGAUGUGAAGUUCAUGGCAGACACCAAGAUCGCCGACUCCAAGCGAGCCUUUGAGCUGCAGAAGUCGGCCUUCAGCGAGGAGGUCAACAUCAAGACGGCUGAGGCCCAGCUGGCUUACGAGCUGCAAGGGGCGCGCGAGCAGCAGAAGAUCCGGCAGGAAGAGAUUGAGAUCGAGGUCGUGCAGCGCAAGAAGCAGAUUGCUGUGGAGGCGCAGGAGAUCCUGCGCACGGACAAGGAGCUCAUUGCCACUGUGCGCUGCCCCGCCGAGGCCGAGGCCCACCGCAUACAGCAGAUCGCCGAGGGCGAGAAGGUGAAGCAGGUCCUCCUGGCUCAGGCAGAAGCAGAGAAGAUCCGCAAAAUCGGGGAGGCAGAGGCAGCAGUCAUUGAGGCGAGGGGCAAGGCAGAGGCUGAGCGGAUGAAACUUAAGGCUGAGGCCUACCAGAAAUACGGAGACGCAGCCAAGAUGGCCUUGGUGUUGGACGCCCUGCCCCGGAUUGCUGCCAAAAUUGCUGCCCCACUGACCAAAGUCGAUGAGAUUGUGGUCCUCAGUGGGGACAACAGCAAGGUGACGUCAGAAGUGAACCGCCUGCUGGCCGAGCUGCCCGCCUCUGUGCACGCCCUGACAGGCGUGGACCUGUCUAAGAUACCGCUGAUCAAGAAGGCCACCGGUGCACAAGUGUGAGGUCUCGUCGGCCCACACCCUUCAGCAGCCACCGCCCCCACCUUCAGCACCCGUUUUAAUACCACAGGGACAACGGGAACGUCACUGACUCUGGUGCCUUAUUCUGUAGGGACCAGAAGUGCUGCGUGUUCAGGCCUCUGGCUGUCUUCCCUUCUCCUCUGUCUCUGUCUGUCUCCUCCCUCUUCUCCUCCAUCCCACAGCCUCACUUUCACUGCCACGACGGUCUGGUUUGUCUCUUGCACCCUUAUCUCCUGUACGUCUCUUCCUUUGUCUGUCUUUUUCUCUCCUUGUCUCCUCGCACCCUCUACACACAUCAUGUCGUUUAAAUUGAAGAUGUUUAUUACAAUCACCGUCUUGUCUGUCUGUGGGGGUGGCCCUGCUGCUCCUGAGAAUCCUGGUGCCUUGAAGUUUUCUGUGCUUAUGUCCACCCCCCACCCCCCACCCCAUGGCCCCGGCCAGAGCUUCAGCAUGGGUGCAGGGAUUCUGGGGAUGACGGCCACCCUGCCCUCUCCUGGCCUGGUCUUCCCAGCCCAAAACCUGCCCCCAGGAAGUCCCCAGCCUCACCCACUCCAGCCCUUCUGGGCCUGGGUAGCUGUGGCUGCAGGCCCAGGGCCAUGGCCCUCCGCCAACCCCUGCCCAGCCCCAGGCCUGCUCUCGCACCUCACCUCUCUCCCGCGCCCACGGGCACAGAGGCGAGGCCUCCUGUGUAGAGCAGCUCCCUCGGUUUACUACGGCCUUAGGAGGCCCCUGCUCGUGCUCAGGGAAGCCCCUUCCCUGGAGUGGGGCUUGGUCCCAACUCUGCUAAGCCUUUCUGGGAUCAGGAUCCAGCCCUUCUAGGGACUAGAAAAUGUACAGACCCCCUUCCUACUAGGGCUGUGCUGCCCUGAGUAUCAGGCCAGGCCCUUCCAGUGGGCAGAGCUGUGCCAGCCCUGUACAGAAUCGAGUGCCGUAGGCUGGCUGGACUCCUUCCCCGCUUGUGCCGGCUUGCUUCCUGGCCAGAAAUGAUCAGGUUCCAGCCGUGGGGAAGCAGCCCGGUCCUCUGUCUCCUUGCCUCAGAGGAGGCAGAAGAGCCCAGGGCCCCAGCAUCCUGGCAGGGACGCUGCAGGCGUCCUGUGGUCCUGGUCCCCCCCCCCCCGCCCUGCCCCAGCCUGUGUAGCUAUUCCUGCAUGUGGGUGCUGCAUGUCCGGUCUGGGGCUUGGAUGCUGCACUGCCCCGCUGCCUGUCCCUUCUGGUAAAAUAAAGAUCUGGUCAUGCCCA